AUGGCAACCAACGCUGCCGCGCCUCCCCCGCCUCCUCCGCCUCCACCCGGAGAUAACAACAAGAAGAAGAAGGAUGGCUGGUGGACUCGCAUCAAGAAGGAUAAGCGACGCCGCAAGAAGGCACGCCGGGUACGGAUCAACGCGUUGUUUAAUGCUAUGAUGCGCCAAUACAAUGCCGCAGUGAGUACCCUAGCCGUCCGAUCUCAUUCAAGGGAGUCAAAAUCGGAUGUUCAUCGUGAGCUUCAACCUGACAUCUUUUGCAGGGAGGCGCAGAGCAAACUGCCAGGGCGCGGGCCGUAG